AUGGUGCAAGAACAAGAUUGGCGCGUUACUAAACUCCUAGCGCUCCAAAGGGAGGGCAAGCUAACCGACGAGGAUCGAGCGAGACUUGCCAUAUUGACGGAAAACCAGCCAUAUCAAACAUGUGUAAAAGAGGAGAAAGUGGUUGAAGAUGCAGAUUAUGCUGCAGUUUCUAUUGAAGAUUUUGGCCUUGCAGUUCUAAGAGGAUGUGGGUGGAAAGAUGGCGAGGGAAUUGGGCGUAAACCACAGGUCGUUCCUCUUCGGAUACUUCCUCGUCGUCCAAAUGGACUUGGUAUUGGUGCCACUCCUCAGCAUCUAGAAGUUCUGGGCGUCAAGAAUGCCACGGUCUGUAAACUUUAUUUCGAUGAUGUGGGCAACGUGAUAAAAAAGGACUCCCUCAUACGAAUUACUACCGGACGGCAUAAAGGACUGUAUGGAAAGGUCGAGUCUCGAGACGACGACAAUAAUAGUUUGUUUGUGCGGUUAGCAGUAGGAGGGCAACAUGUGAAGGUGCUCUUUCUGUUCGCAGUUCAGCUCGUUUCGAAAAAAGAGUACGAUAGGGAUGGCAAGUGCAUCAGUAAGCUGUACAAGGAAGAUUAUGAGAAAGAGCGUGAAAAAAUCGAGAAGCAAAAUGGUAGAGGGUCUGGAAAAGAUGAAACUGAACUAUGGGUUCGUGCUGAUCUGCUAGUGAGGUUUGUCGACGAAGAUUAUAAGAAGGGCAGACAUUUCAGAGAGAAAAUGCGAGUUGUGGACGUAGCUUCGCGGAAAAAUAUAUGUUUAGAAGAUUCUCAGGGUAAAAUGCAUUAUGGUAUUCGACAAUCUUGGCUGGAAACGGUGCUGCCACGAUUGGAAAAGUCCCGUGUAAUGAUAGUACGAGGAAAACAUAAAGGCUGUUCGGCAACAAUAGAAGAAAAAGACAAAAGAAGUUGUACUGUUGUUGCACGGCUACUUAAUUCAGAUGAGAUUAUCACUGUUGACUUUGACGAUGUUUGUCAACAUCAACCGAAAGAAGACGAUGAUUAUUGA